GUUUAUUAUGCACUUGAACACACUGUACACGCGCGGAACUCGUCUUCCGACACACGUUUGCACGCUCCUUCACGCGCCUUGUCGAUCGAUCUCACAUUCGGAGCCGGUUUGUUCACCCGCCGGGGAUUUCCACCGGCAUCUUCACAAAACGGCUCUGGCGAAGAAUUGUGUCUUGGCUUUCCUACUGCUGGAGGACGAUAGGGUGUUUACAUUUUUACAAGUAAACGGAGAAAUUUCCGAAGCGAAAGGUUUAAUUUUUGAGCUCCAGAUUGAACGAACUAAGCGGUUUCUCCGAUCUCUCUCGGUAACCCUCCAAACAGCGCAAUGGAGAAAACAGACGAAGAGAGGAAGAAGGCUCAGAUGCUGGACGCUCGUGCCAGAAACAUCAGCCACAAUGUUCGCUGUACUGAGUGUGGGAGUCAGUCCAUUGAAGACUCGCAGGCAGAUGUCGCUAUUCUCCUUAGACAGCUGAUCCGUGAUGAGAUAGGAGCUGGGAAAACUGACAAAGAGAUCUACAAUAAGCUUGAGGAUGAGUUUGGGGAGACGGUGCUUUAUGCUCCUAAAUUUGAUUUGCAGACCGCGGCAUUGUGGCUAACACCGGUUAUAAUUGCUGGAGGUACCGCUGCAGGGUUGGUUUACCAGAAGCACAGGCAAAGGACAAAUGUACAUAUCAUGGCGUUGAACCUUAUUAGAGGUGUUCCAUUGACUCCAAAAGAGAGAGUCACUAUUCUUGAUGUUCUUAUCCCACCUCCCCCUCCUCCUCAGGGAGUGGCUUCCCGGUUGAGGAGAUGGCUAAACCGGUAGCUUCCAUGUCUCCGGAGCUCUCUUGUUCUUCGCUCAAAUCGUAUCGCGUUAGCCAAAUAAACAAUCUGUUAAGGGAGUGAGUACACAUUGAUUAGGAGAAACCGAUAGGGACUGCUUUGUUGAAAAUGGAUUCUUCCAUAGGAAUAUCUUGGAAUUAGUUAUGUAAGAAGAAAACAUAAUUGAAAGUCUGAUACUUGUUGUAUGUUCUUUACUGUGGAAUUGAAAACAGAGAGUGUACCGUUAUUAGUACAGAGACAUCUUUUGUUCCGAAGUAGCUUGUGUGCUAAAUGAGCUUUUUUGAA